AUGCAUUUUAAUUUUGCAGUUAAAGACCCAUAUAACAUCAUUUAUAUAGGCAUUAUCAAACAUUACCAGUUAAAUAUUGCAGUUAAUGGAGGGUGGACUGAAUGGUCAGGUUGGUCUGAAUGCUCUGCUACAUGUGGCCAAGGCAUUAGGCAACGGUCACGAGUUUGCAACAAUCCAUCACCGUCUGAAUAUGGAGAUAACUGCCUAGGUCCGAUUUCUGAAUUUAAAGUAUGUGUCAUGGACGAGUGCCAAGUAUGUCCAAAGCUGAACGAUAGAGGAAAUUCGUACUUUGAAUGCGCAGAUAAUCCAAAAUCGGGAUUACAAACUUGCUCCGUUCGUUGUCAAGAAGGGUUCGUAUCGAUCCCCGGAUUUGAGGAGUUCCAGGAAUUGACAUGUGGACUGCAGACUGGUCUGUAUUGGUUACCGGCAAAUUUAACUGGGCCGUGUGCUGAACGAACUUAUCCUAGAAGCCUUCAGCUUGAAUCAAGUAUUGAAUAUGUUGACCAGAUACCUGUUCAUUAUUAUGACGCGGUGAAAAACUAUGUUCUUGGCAAAUUAUUGUCUACGGACUGUUUCAAAUCAACAUCCUGCAUAGUGGAAAUAUCAUUGUUAGAAGCUUCUCGGUCGGAAACUGCUGAUGAAAUAACAGACAGAACAAUGCUUAAGCUGUUUAUGAAGAGAUCUGUUACAUCUGAUAGGAAUGUUCAUAAACAGGAAAAGGAAAAUAACAAAACAGAUUUUAUUGUCGAUCCAGCAUUUGUUCAUUUGGAGAAUGCAAUUAGAGAUAUGGAAAGCACAGCUGCUUCUCUGAAGAACAGAAACACUGAGAUCUUUGAUGUCUAUUUGAACGAUCCUGACCAGAAAAGUGUGAAGAGAAGCACUGGGUUAUUUCAAGCUGAUAAAGAGUCGCUUGAGAUAACAGGAAAGGUCGUUUGUGAAAAAGGUGAAGUAGCAGCGGGUGGCAUUUGUAUCAGAUGUCCCGCUGGAACGUAUGCGGUUAAUGAAAGCUGUCAUUUUUGCAUCAAAGGAACAUUUCAGCCUGAGGCCGGACAGUCCACAUGCAUUCUCUGUCCACCAGGUCUUACUACAAGAACUGUUGGAGCAUAUAGUAGAGUCUAUUGCG